AUGGUCAAAAGAAAGCUCGGGGCCUUGGAAAAGGUUGAGGCUGAUCUGCCUAACUUGCAGCACAAGAUUCGAAGGGAUCCCAAGUCUUAUAUCGAGGAUUUCCGCGCCCAGCACUACCAAUAUGAGUCGCAUCGCGAAAUUUUCAUGGCGGCUCCCUCUGCCGCCACGGACACCGGCAUUAUCUCUCUGAGGGAGCUUAUUGACUUCAUUUCCCAUGUCGCUGAUUGCUAUCCGGAGAUCUUGAAGGACUUCCCACAGCAGCUCAUUGACAUGCUGAUGCAACACCACCUGGUUUUGGAGCCUGAACUGCGUGAGAAAAUCGUUGGAAGCAUCGUGCUUCUCAAGAAGAAGGACCUUCUCGAUUCGGCUACGCUGCUUCACACUCUCUUCCCGAUUCUCAUCACCACGCCCAGCAAGACCCUUCGUGCUCUUCUAUUCCAGAAGAUCCUGUCGGAACUACGUCAGGCUAACUCCAAAACCACCAACCACAAGUUGAACCGGACGAUGCAGACUGUCCUCUUCAAUCUGGUCACCUCCGAUCGCACGUCUUCUAAAGCAUUGUGGGCCAUCAAAAUUACCCGAGAGCUAUGGAAGCGCCAGAUCUGGACGGACGCCAAGGCUGUCGAGGUUAUGAAGGAGGCAGCGCUUUCGGAGAAUGAAAAGGUGAUCGUCGGCGGAGUGCGUUUCUUCCUCGGUGGUGAUAAGGAGCGUGAGGACAUGGAGGAUGAGAGCAGUGACGAAGAGACCCUCGACAUCGGUCGUCUUCGUCAUACCUUGCAGAUCAAUAAAAAGUCGAAGAAGAAGGCCCGUGUUGCGGAGAAGGCCAUGGCUACGCAUAAGAAGAAGGAGCGCAAGAAGAACCAGCCGCACCCCCUCAACUUCUCAGCCCUCCAUCUGCUCCAUGACCCUCAAGGAUUCGCCGACAGCAUGUUCACCAAGCACUUGCAAAGCAGCAGGGCUAAGCUGAACUUGGAGCAGAAGCUCCUUGUUCUACAGUUGGUCUCCCGCCUUGUUGGCCUGCACAAGCUGCAUAUCAUGUCGCUGUACUCCUACUUCCAGAAGUUCCUUACUCCCCGCCAGCCUUCGGUCACCUCCUUCUUGGCCUCAUUGGCUCAGGCAUCGCACGAUCUGGUGCCUCCAGAUGUCCUUGAACCUCUCAUUCAGAAGAUUGCCAACGAGUUUGUCUCUGAAGCAUCUGCUGGAGAGGUCGCCACUGCUGGUCUCAAUGCCAUCCGCGAGAUCUGUGUGAGACAGCCACUGGCUAUGAACGAAACCCUCCUCCAGGACCUUGUCAUGUACAAGAAGAGCAAAGAUAAGGGUGUGAUGAUGGCUUCCAAGGGUCUGCUCAGUCUCUACCGUGACGUUGGAGCGCAGAUGCUCAAGAAGCGGGAUCGUGGCAAGGAAGCCUCUAUGGGUCUCCGCUCUGGCGAGAAAGAGCAGAGACGUUUCGGUCAACAGGAUAUUGGCGGAAUCGAGGGUCUCGAGCUGUUGGAGAAGUGGAAGGAAGAGGAGCGUCGCAAGAGACGUGAGGAGAAGGGCCUGGCUUCUGACGCCGAGGAUGACGAGGACGAGGAAGAUGAUUGGGCUGCUUGGAACAUUGAGGAUGAUGACGACAGUGAUGACUCUGGUGAAUGGAUCAAUGUCGAGAGUGAUGUUGAGAUUGAACUCAGCGACUCCGAAGAUGAGGGCAAGAACCGACCCUCGAAGAAAUCCAAGCAGGAUGAUGCCGAGGCCAAGGAGAAGGAGAAGGAGAAGGAAGAUGCGGCUCAAGAGGCUAAGCUAUCCACCCUCGCCACCACGAGAAUUUUGACCCCCGCCGAUCUCGCGAAGCUUGCCGAGCUCCGUGCUCAGGCAUCUGUCGAGUCUGCUGUUAACGGCUCAAGGUCCCGCCGGGCUGCUCAGCCUGCUGCCCGCCACACGGAUGACCCGUUGACUGCUGCAGAGAUCGAGGGUCUGGCGUCUUUGUCCGCUGGCAAGGCCACUCGUGAAGAACGUAUUGCCCAUGCUCGUGAGGGCAAGCCGGAUCGCGAGGAGCACAAGAGCAAGGAAGGCAGGCGGAGAGAACGCAAGCAGGAGCAGGGCAAGAGUACCACCAACAAGGAGAAGGCUCGCCGCAAGAACUUCCUCAUGACCCUGGGCAAGGCGAAGAGCAAGAACAAGCGCAGUCUGGUGGAAACUCGGGCGGUGCUGAAGGCUCACCACGAACGCCAGAAGAGAGGCGGCAAGCGUGGUAAUCUUGGAAACUGA